AUGGCCGCUCUGGCCAGAUCAUUCAGCCUUGGGAUGCUGUACGACUGCCGCCAGGACACAGUCAUUCCUGGAUUAACACUGUGGGACCCCCAAGACUUAGAAAAAGACAAAAGAGAAAACCCAAAACCAAACAGUGACUUCGAGAUAGUUGCUUCUGAAUCAAUUGAUGACAAAUCUUCAGCCCUGGAUGUUGAAGCAUCUUUAAAAGCAAGUUUCUUACUUGUUAAAGUUAACGGACUGGUUAAAGUUGAAGGAUCGGCCAAAUACCUCAAUGAUCAGAUGACAUCCAAAAAUCAAGCCAGGGUCACACUGAAAUACAAAACCACCACAAAGUUCCAAGAGCUGCGAUGUAUCAAUCUAGGAAGAGGAAACGUGAAGCAUCCAUAUGUUUUUGAGAAUAAAAUAGCAACACAUGUGGUGACCGGCAUUCUUUAUGGAGCUCAAGCAUUUUUUGUCUUUGAGCAAGAAAAAUCUGAGAAAAAAAGUCAUCAAGACAUUCAGGGCAAUUUGAAAAUGUUGAUUGAGAAGAUUCCAUGCCUAUCCAUUGACGGUGCAGGUUCCUUAAAACUGGAAGAUCAGGACACUGAAAAAAUAAAUAAAUUCUCUUGCAAAUUCCACGGAGACUUCCUGCUUGAGAAGACUCCAACAACCUUUCAGGAUGCAGUAGAAGUCUACCAAAGCCUGCCCAAGCUGCUGGGAACCAAAGGAGAGAAGGCUGUUCCAAUCAAGGUCUGGUUGCUGCCUCUGACAUUCCUAGAUUCAGCUGCAGCUAAACUUGUUCGUGAAAUAAGCAUAGGAUUAGUUCAAGAAGUGCAAAGUGUCCUGGAGGAGCUAAGUGAGCUGGAUAUGAGGUGCAAUGAUGCAAUGAGAAACAUCACAACGCAGCAGUUUCCACAGAUUGGUAAAAAACUUCAAAGUUUUAAAAACAUGUGCUCUGAGUUCAGGCUUGGAUUUCAACAAACAUUAGCAAAGAAACUUCCAUCAAUCCGAGGAGGUGGAGAAGAAGAGUCUGAGCUUGCAGAUAUCUUGAAGAAGAGGCAUUCCUCACCUUUCAACAAUAAAAACCUAAACGAGUGGAUGGACUGCAAAGAGAGGGAAAUACAUGUCCUGAAAUCUUUCACCAGGAUGAUGAAAAACACCAAAAUCGUCUCGUCUCAAAACAGCCUUCACGAGGAUAUUCUCAAUGCAGAACAUGCCUUGUGUUUUGUCUUCAUCUCACUGGAACGUGAUGAGCCAUUCCUCUCUGCUUUGUCCAACUUCCUCAAAGGAAGAACCAAGGCAGAUGAUUCACACAUUUAUGAUGUUGAGAAGGAACAGUGAUACCUGUCAAACACCCUGGUAGAUGAGAUGAGAACAAAGGUGAAACUCUUCAGUGAUUUUGCAGAGGCCAACAAUGACAACAAGAACACAACAUUCCUGACAGUGGGUUUAACGGAUGACAAACAUGAAGGUUCAACCAUCUACCUCUAUAAAGACGGACAUCCUGUCAGUAAGAACUUUGAGCCUCCAUCUAAGCCUGAAAGUGUGACAGCAGCAGA